AUGAGCACCUACAAGCGCGUGCGCUCUGAGUCGGCGCGCGAGGAGGCGAACGUGUCUGCCUUCGUGGAUAGCUGUGUGAACUUCGAGAGCAAUGUGACGUUCUACACGGUAGAGAAAGGCCACGAACUGACUGUGAAGGCGGGGCGGGUGCAGACAGUGCUUGUGCUGGGUACGGAUGCACAGCUGAAGGAGACCUCUGCGACUGCGGUGUGUCCGUACUAUGAUGCGGCGGCGUGUGCUGCUGCGGCGACGGCUCCAGAGUCGCGUGCGCACGUGGUGAGGGUGACGACGACGGUGAGGCUGCUGAUUGGCAAGGUGCCGUCUGUUGCGUCGCGCCACAACUGCCCAUCGCGGCCGGACCAAGUGAGCGAGAUUGUGAAGCACGCGAUGGCGGAGUGCCCCGCGGCGGACAUUGAGGCUGGGCUGGACAUCUACUAUCUGGGCAGGGGUCAGGAAGUGAGCGUAGCGACCGCGAUUGCGCGGUCGUGCAACCAGUCGUUCACUGCGAAGCGCGGACGCGCGGAGAAGAGCUACCUCAAUGCUGGCCGCCCGGUGCGCGUGGUGAUGCUGUCUGGCAAGACAGCGUCGCUUGCUGUGAUUGCGCAGUGCGUGCAGCUGUGCCAGCGGCUGGUGAACGCGCCGACGAACCUGCUGGACACGGUGACAUUCACUGAGAUCGCUAUGCGGUGGAUCGACAAGCUGAAGGCCGCCGGCAACGAUGUGGUCACCGACGUGAUGGCUGGGGAGGAGCUCCGCGAGCGUGGGUACGGCGGUCUGUAUGGUACAGGGAAGGCCGCUGAGUACCCUCCGCACCUCGUGACGCUGUCGUACAAGCCAAGGGCUUGCAUUUCGCCCAAGGAUCGAGUAGCGUUCGUAGGCAAAGGCAUCGUGUACGACACGGGCGGUCUUGCAAUCAAGUCGCGCGACGGCAUGUGUACAAUGAAGCACGACAUGGGCGGUGCGGCAGCUGUGUUCUGCGGUCUGCUGUGCUUGGCAAUGCUGCAUGCCCCGAUUGAGGCGACGAGCAUCUUGUGUCUCGCUGACAACGCCGUGGGCCCUUGCUCGCAGCGCAACGACGACAUCCUGCGCAUGAAGUCCGGCGUCACCGUCGAGAUCAACAACACCGACGCCGAGGGACGCCUUGUUCUCGCCGAUGGUGUCUACCAUGCCUCCAAGGAGCUGAGCUACACGCCUAGCAUCAUUGUGGACAUGGCGACACUGACUGGUGCACAAGGCAUUGCGACUGGGCAGCACCACGCUGCCAUCUACGCCAACACAGAUGCCAGCGAAAAGCGCUUUGUCGCCUCUGGCAAGGUGUGCGGCGACUUGUGUUUUCCGGUCGUAUACUGCCCUGAAUUUCACAACCCCGAGUUUUACAGCGCCGUGGCCGACUACAAGAAUAGCGUGAAGAGUCGUAGCAAUGCACAGGUGAGUUGUGCCGGGCAGUUUAUUGGCAACAAUCUGGCCAAAGACUACAAUGGCGAGUGGGUGCACGUGGACCUGGCUGCGCCGGCGACCCGCGAUGAGGCUACGGGGUUCGGUGUCGCCUUGAUUGCGCACAUCUUUGCAGCGGAGCUUUUAUAG